AUGGCAGCAAAUGCAUACCCGAUCUCCUCGAACUCACGAAGGAAAUUGAAUGGGUUUCGCUACAAAGACGAACGACCACCGGACGAUACCACCUCGAAUGGCGCAUCGACAUCAGCCCAUGACGCCCAGAACACUCACCAAUCCGGAUCCAACGGUGUGGUAGCGCCGAUGCAAAAGUCACUCAAUGGGAGCAAUCCCCCGCCUCCUGAACCUCAAUCGCUAGAGACAAAGUCGAGUAAAGAAUGCCCUCAAACACCCGGAAACAGAAUUCCUUUAGCCGACUUGAUCAGCAAUGCCGAAGACUCGUUUGAUCCCACUCCGGGACCUGAAGUGACACCUGUUGAGCAUGUCAUAUGGCAACACGUACCUGCCAGUUCAAAUCCGUCAUUACAGACACCGGGAGGCCGUCGAAGGAAGCGCCGACACAGCUCUUCCCCUGCUGGAUCCCCUUCAAAUGGAAAAACCAAAAAAGGACAGAAAGAGCCACUCAACCUGCAAUCCAUGCAAGCUCUCUUCAAAACACCACAGCACGAUCUAGCAGCGGACUUGUGGAACAACUACAUAGACAAGAACAUGGCUGAUGGUGCAGAUGACCUCCCUCCGCCCCGGCUCGCGAAUCUCCUUUCCUCUUCUCCGCAAACACCAGCUUCCGUCAGAACUAGCCGAGACUCCUCGGGGUUGAGGCGUGCGAUAAGCUGUACAACCGAGUUUCCCGCCUCGCGAACCAAACGACGGCGAGUCAACAGACUUGAUCCCGGCGGCUUUCACCGAACUAGCAGCAAUGUCGAAGCUAAUAAACCCAAGACGUCAAGAAUCAACUUUCUUAUGGACAAAAUUGAGAAAAGCAUCAAUCUGACACCUGCUGAAAUGGGUCCACCAGGUUCUUCCCCUCUGCGCCAGCACAUUGAUGCGAGGAGAUGUCGCUCUUCUUCACCAACCAAGGACCAUCGACUUCCCGGAGUAGAGGAAGACGCGGGGGAGAUCGAUGAUCUAGUUCCGUUUGAAGAUACCAAACCUGCGCGAAUGCCUGUGCUCGAAGAGUCAUCCUCGGAAUUCGGAGGUGAUGAUUUAGAUCAAGACUUCAUGGACUUGGUCGGUGCAUCUGCGGAUCCUUUUAUUGAGGCACCGCGUCAGAAUGUUGAUACUGCUCCCUCGGCACCCUCUGGCUGGGGUACUUCUGCCGGAGCGAAACUUCAAUCACGGCAUUCUCAAGAUGCCGCAGUACCUGCCAGUAAACCUUCCACAUCUCAUAUACCAACGAUUAACGAAACAAAAAAUGAUGAAUCCGAUGAAUUUGAAGACGAUUAUGACGAUCUUCCUGGCAACUUGGAGGAAAUCCUUGCCAAGUGUGACCAGAAAUCGGCUCCAGUCACAAACCCAACUACCAAUGCACCAUCUGCCAACGGGCUAAAGGCCAAGAAUGUUCCUGUCAACGGGGGCCCCACUGGAACGAAUCCGACCGUGACAGACAUCAAGGCUGACUCACCAUCGUCGGAUGAUGAAUUUGACGAUGACUUUGACUUGGAAGACCUUGAGCAGACCAUGAAACAAGCGGGUGAAGGAAAACCAGCUUACAGCCCCAAGGGUCGACAAGCUAUCAAACGUUACCAAGUUGUUGAUGUUAUGCAGAGCACGUAUGUUACUCUAAAAGGGCGUACUCUGCCGGAACAGGUCUUGCUCGUUGAAGAUGAGAAAACCCGAGAACGAAGGGUCAUUGUGUUGCAGGAGUCGUGGGCCGACACUCCCUGCAUCAAGGACUCUUUUGUCCACUUGGUUGGCGACUUCGACAGCAGCGGCCGGUGCGUUGUGGACAAUGCAAACAACAUGAUCAUUCUCCACCCGGAUCAUCUCAUAUCUGCUACAGUUGUGGCUGACUCUACUGACUGCCAACGGCGGGCCGUUCUUCAAGAUCGAGUGAAGGUUCACGCGGCAGUGGAGAGGCCACAGGCUUUUGGAACCUUCUUCCAUGAAGUGUUCCAAGAAGUAUUGAAAGCGAACACAUGGGAUAUGGAGUCGAUUAAGUCAUUGGUCGAGACUAUCAUGGGGAAGCAUGUUGAAGAACUGUAUUCCAUCCAAAUGAGUAUUCCGGAAGCCGUUGAAUACAUCAUGAGCAGGAUCCCCGCCGUUCUUGACUGGGCGGGUACCUUCCUCCAUGUCAAACCACAACCCAAUUCUAUGGUGGAAGACCGAAACAGCUCUAAGCUGAAUUUGAGCAUCAGCAAGCUGCUCGAGGUAGAGGAGCAUAUCUGGUCGCCGAUGUAUGGAUUGAAAGGCAACAUCGAUGCAACUGUACAGGUAACCUGUCGUGAUGGUGAAGAUGAGAAGCACCUCGUGGUCCCGUUGGAGCUUAAAACCGGACGGCGAGACACAAACCAGACUCACAGGGCCCAGACUGCUCUUUAUACUCUGCUCAUGUCGGAUCGCUAUGAUAUCGAUGUUACCUUCGGGCUUCUUUACUACCUCGAAUUGACAAAGACUCUCAGCAUCCGUGGUAUUCGUCAUGAACUUCUUCAAAUGAUUCAAGUGCGCAACAACCUGUCUGGGUACAUUCGUGAAAGGGAACAACUUCCACCGAUGCUGAAGAAACCACGUCAAUGUACCAGAUGUUAUGCAAAGACCCCUUGCCUAAUCUACCACAAGCUCACUGAGGAUGGUGAUGCCGAGACAAGUGGGCUUGGCGAAGACUUUGACAUUUCAGUUGGCCAUCUGAAUGAGCGGGAUCGAGACUUUUUCCAAAAGUGGGAUAGCCUACUUACGAAAGAGGAAGGCAACUUGGUGAAGUUCCGACGAGAGUUGUGGACACUCCUGAGCAGCGAGCGGGAGGCCCUUGGGAGGUGUUUCGGCGACGUCGUUCUCGAUUCGAGAGCCAUGUACGAAGAAAACACCACCACAAAGAUCAAUCGAUACCACUAUACCUUCGUGAAACGAGAUGCGCCCCCUGGUUUCUCCUUCACCGAGUCCCAGAUCUCUCUAGGUGAGCCAAUCGUUGUAUCUGAUGAAAAGGGCCACUUCGCGCUCGCCAACGGAUACGUGGUACACACCAGCCCGUCACACAUCAAGGUUGCUGUGGAUCGUAAACUUCACAAUGCGAGAUCGAGAACGGUUGGGUUUGAUGGUGUCACGAACCAAUCUUUCAGGGGCAUCAUGGAAAUUGGCGAAGGGGAGCCUGCUGCCCUUGAGAACCCCGAGGAACAACUUGUGUACCGGAUUGACAAAGACGAGUUCAGCAACGGCAUGGCUAUUGUUCGAAACAAUUUGAUCUGCAUGAUGGAUAAAGACCUGUUCCAAGCAAGACAACUUCGCCGACUCGUUGUUGAAGGGGAAGCACCCGCAUUCAGGACAAACUCAUCGGCCUAUACAAUCUCUGAUAAAAUGGGUCUGAACGUUGAUCAGAAACAAGCCAUCGACAAAGUGAUGAGUGCCAAAGAUUAUGCUCUAGUUCUGGGAAUGCCUGGAACUGGAAAAACAACCACCAUUGCUCAAAUCAUUCGGGCCCUUGUUGCACAAGGGAAAAGUGUACUCCUCACUUCUUACACACAUACUGCAGUGGAUAACAUCUUGUUAAAGAUUCGAGAUGACAACAUUCACGUGCUGCGUAUUGGAGCAACGGCCAAGAUCCAUCCCGAUGUGCAGGACUUUGCCGACCUGGCUGCGAACCCCAAAUCGACUAUCGAAGAGCUCAAGAACUCAUAUGAGAAGCCACAGGUUGUUGCAACUACUUGCUUAGGAGUCAAUCACAACAUCUUCAACCAUCGCAUAUUUGAUGUCUGUAUUGUCGACGAGGCCUCCCAGAUCACACUUCCAGUUUGCCUAGGUCCGAUUCGCAUGGCGAGGACUUUCAUCUUGGUCGGCGACCAUUUCCAAUUACCACCACUCGUGCAGAACAAAGCAGCACAGGAAGGUGGCCUGGAUGUCAGUCUUUUCAAAUUGCUUUCAGACGCGCAGCCGGACUCCGUCGUCAACCUCGAGCACCAGUACCGCAUGUGUGAGGAUAUUAUGUUGCUUUCAAAUGAGUUAAUCUACUCCGGUCGGCUCAAAUGUGGCACCCCGCAGGUAGCAGCCUGUUCUUUGGUGAUUCCCAACAUCAAUGCCCUCGAAGAAUAUCAUGUUGCAGAUAAGGGCCACACGGCAUCACAGCGAGAGGCUUGUCCAGGUGAUCCUGGUAGUCCUUGCUGGCUACGAGACUUGCUGGAACCAUCCGCCAAAACACGCCUGGUGAACACCGAUCCCAUCGGCCCUGCAGCCCUCGAAAUAGCACAGGGAAACCGUGUCGUGAACCACAUGGAGGUCUUCCUCUGCACACAACUCGUCGACUCUUUCAUCGCGUGUGGAAUCCCCGCCCGCAACAUCGGCGUGAUCACCUUCUACCGCAGCCAACUCUCACUCCUCCGCCAAAGCCUUCGGCGCCACGGCCCCGAUCUGGAAAUGCACACAACAGACAAGUUCCAAGGUCGAGACAAAGAGGUCAUCAUCUUAAGCUGUGUCCGCAGCAACACCGAGAAUAACGUUGGCGAGCUCUUACGCGACUGGCGCCGUGUCAACGUUGCCUUCACUCGUGCCCAGACAAAACUCCUCGUCGUGGGCAGUAGAUCCACCCUCCGCGACGGCAAUGACCUCCUCCGCAAAUACGUUCGCUUAGUCGAAGGUAAGGACUGGGUCUACAACUUGCCGAGCGCUGCGGUAGACAACCAUGUUUUCCCGUCCUUGCCAACUCAGUCUCAAUUCAUGUCUCCUGGUGCCUCGAAAACACCCGGUUCUACCAAUGCAAAGACAAAAGCCAGUCCCUCUUUUCGUGACUCACUGAGCCCUCUUGGUUCCCGACAGCCUGGUACCAAUCUUCGAAAGCCUUCAAAAACAGGCGCGAAGUUAUUCAAUGGUACAAAUGUGGUGGGAAAUCGACCUAUCUUGCGCGACAUUGUGAAUGACCUGACAGGCUAG